GGGAGUUCGGGCGGCGCGCGGAGCCGCGCGAGGCGGCGGUACAAAGAGCGGCCCGAGGGGCUGCGGGCUGCCGGCCGUGCGCCGCGCUGCGAAACUUCGCGGGGGAAAGCGGGUAACUGAGCGCUGUUUGACCGCCGUCCUCGAGCUGCGGGCUGCGUGUCCGCGUGUCUGCGAGCAGAGCCGCUUCUGGAGGCCCGGCGCCUCCGGAGUUGUGCUCCGCGGCCAGACUGCGGGCUGUUCCCGCCCCGCGUGAGGAAGAAGCUGAAGUUAGCGCGGUUAGCGCUCCUCAGGUGAUUACCUGCGUUCCUAAUUGAGGCACCCAAGGCUGGGUAGGUUUCCUGUGCUGUGCGAUACGCAGUUUUCACAACGCUGAUGUUUUUUCAGCAUUAAAUUCGUACCGUAAGUUUUUAUUCAGUGGCCCCGGCUCCCUGUUGGUGGAGAGACGUGGUGUUGGGUUGUGUGCACACGGGGUGCCUUUGGUUGUCACGUAACCGUCCGUUCCCUGACUCAGGCUUAGAACAGGUUUUGUUUUGGUGGGAAGGAGCCGCUCUCAUCAUUGCCUACAGAAAUUACGUGCGGUUUGUUGUAACGUGUCACACCUUGGCAGUUUAUUAGGUAAUUCUGUUAGGGAAUUAAAUACUUCAGGACCUUCUGCAUUUGAAAUAAGUUUGCCAGAAUUGAACGUAGCGUGCAGUGCUAUUUCUCUGCAGCAGUAGCAGCAGAAUGCAUGAUAACUUCCCUGGUGUUUCACUUCCAGUGAUCCUCAGCUCUGCCCCAAAGGAAACACCUUUCAGAAGCAAUCCGGAGUUCCUCUUUGCUUGCCAUAAAAGGCUGAGAGAAAGGAUUCAGCUAUUGGUAGUAAUAUCUACUGUGUAGAUACUUGCUUGUUAGAACUUGUGAUAGAAAUUUUUGGUCUCAAGUUCCAAAACAGCUGGUAUGCUUCAGUGCUAUGGCAGGCCCAAUUAAAGCAGAGGUCUGAUGAUGACUUGCUGUUCAUUAUGCUGUUUGAAGAAAUUUAGGCCUCCGUCCAUUGUGUGAAGUUGUAUGAAGGAUGCUAGUUCUGCAGCAGAAUGUCGUUCGUGCCCAUCAUUAGCUUUGUCAGAUCAUUCAAGAUGGUUCUCUUGUGACUUUCUACUAGCUCUCCAAUCUCGCAGGCUGUUGUUUUUGUUUUACCCAGGGGGAAAGCUUAGUCACUUCAUUUGUAUUUGCGGGCUUUCUGUUUUUCUGGCCUGGCUUGUCUCUUUUCCGCUCCUCUUGGUUCGUUUGAAUUCGAUAACUCAGCACGCUGAAGUGAAAGAUGACUUAAGUGAGUUGAGCGUCCACAGAGUAUUUGCAUUUUAAAAUACAGAUGGGCAGGUUGGUGAUGUCUGCUGGGCAUUCUGGGUACGUAGAGCAUAUUGUCACAGAAAAGAGAUGUGGAAGGUACAUUGAAAAGUCCCCUUGUCUGGCCCUGUUACCUGCCUUGUGAGGCUACCUGGUACCCUGAAUACCAGGUCAGUCAGGUACCACUUCAGUAUGCUUCUGAAUGAGUUGGUAACUUGCGCAUCUAACAGGGUGGGUACUCAUGUACCAGGUUACACUUUGCUUCCACUCUAGCUGCAGUUUCUGGUACUCUACAGAAAAGUAAAGGAGUCAUUUUGCUUCAAAAUGUUACAUUCUCCAGCAUUAUAGUUUUGUUACCUCAUGUUUUGCUCAGUGCUUGCUUGGUGACAAAGGUUUUUUGAGAGCAGAAAGUAACUGUUUGGUUGGGUAGCUCGUUUGUUUGCACGGAGUAGCUGUGAGGUUUUAUACACGGGCUUUUAAGGUGAACAAAAUCCCUUUGAAGACUAAUCCGUGAUGUGUUACAGUGUCACCUUGCCCUACUAGCAGUGGGUGUGGGUGAAAGCUUAAGCCGUGCUCUUUGAGACUGGGGAGGAGCUGAGGCAAGCUGCUUAUUAUUUGCAAUAGAAAUGCAUGCAGUGACUUCACUCCAACAAAGGAACAGUGUUUUGCCCUACUUUGGGGUCCUCAGUGCCCAGUUUAACUCAGGUGGAAGCAAUCCCAGCCCUACUAGUUUGCUCAACUUCUGUCGGGGCAUGUAGCUCAAAGGUAUACAGUGUGAUGUUAGGGUGCACGGUGCACAUAACAGCAUACAUAGAACAUCUAGGUGCUGUUUGAUUUUUCUCUAUCAGUCUGAGAUGAUUCUGCUGCACGUAUAUGAAAAAAUAAAGGCUUUCAUAAUUGGCAAAGUUUUAUAAUAUGUAAAACUGAUGCACAUGCAGGUUUACCUUGCACAAUCCCUUAAAAUUCCUGUAUUUUCUUGCUUGUAAUUACUUUCUCCUUCAAUUUUUUUCUCUACAACAGUUCUGAAAAUAGAGCCAAUUUGACAGCAUUAUUGUGAAGGAGAGUUAGCAUUUAGGAUACCCUGGUGUUCCUGCACAAAUAAGUCUAACUGCUUGAAAAUAUACCUUGAAACCAGAAAUUAAGGAGCAUAUUCAUGUCCAUCUUGAAAAUUCAUUACUGCAAGUGAGCUGCCAUUCACUUGUAAAGAGGAGGAGAGAUUAAUCAAAAUACUAAAGCAUAGCUGAUCUAAUUGGCAAGUGUGACUGAAAUAUUUGCCGUGGAAGAAAGUAAAUCUGAUUUUGUGAAACAUCUAAGCAGAUCAUGGUUUGGCAGUGGUUUUGUUUCCCUUUGGAAUCACCAUUUUAAAUCCAAGCAGAACCUGGAUGUGCUGUGUGAACCUGGAAACAAAAUUAAGGGCAAGCAACAAGAUCCACAGCUUCUAACAUGUGGUGAAAGGAAAUUAAUUGAGUACAGUGCAGUCUAAUGGACUUAGUGUUUGUGUCCAUUCCUUGAGUUAUUAGGAUGCAGUGAUUGGUGCCUUAUAACCAAAAAUUGGGGUUAUUAGGCAGCUGUCAAAAAAUUAUAUGUGUAUUUCUUCAUGGAUUUGAGACUCUCUUAAGAAAGGAGAGCUACUGUGUUUGAUAAUGCAUUUCUUUGCUUUGCUGAUGGACUAACCUGUUCCUUUUUCACUAGCUGGGAUAGUCUUUUGUCAUUUAAAAUGCACUGGAAACAAAAAGCUGUACCAUUUUCCCCCCCUUGUAACUUAUUUUAAAUACUUACACUGAAUGGUUCCAGGUACACUCUUCUGUAAGCAGAAGUGCCAAGUCACAGAUCUGUGUUGAGUUGUAAGUUGGUCAUUUCACAUCUAGCAAAGUUCAGGGUCCUGUGGAUUGGCAUGAUGCCAUUUUACCGUGGCAGACCUGGUAAUGUUUAUGUUACAACACCUAACCGAGCUUUUCAAGUCUCCUCUGUUUUCUUAACUUUGUUCAGUUGCAAACUUGAAGCAGCUUAAAGCAUGGUGGUCUCAGGAAAUUGAAGUUUGCAGGCUGCUGAGCAGCUACAGUGCAGGUUGUAGCAAUAUCCUCUUCUCUCUCAUGUCUCACAGGGUACUUCAUCACUGGUUUGAUGUGUAAGUAGGUGAGCCGCUCAUGAAAAACAAAAUCCUUGAAUUACAUGCUAACAUAAUCAAAGGUAAUACAUUGUCCCUUUGGAUCUUGAUGGGGUAGAUACUCUUCUGGUGCCAUGAGCUCUUACGUGAGAUCUUGCUGAGAAGUUGUCUUCUCUUUAUCUGUGCUACCUUUUGGCAGACUUAACUGAGCUGUGUUUAGGGAAACAAAGACAUCUGGGAGACAGUGAUGGAAGGGAACAGGAUUGUCAUCUUUGUAGGUUCUAAUAUAACUAAUUGAAUGAAGUGUUUCUGAGCCAAGUUACAGAUAGAAUAGAGGUUUGUCUAGUAUAAAAUCUGCCUGUAAGAUAGGAAGGGAAGUUGUGGCUGUAGUUACCUGAUCACAAUCUGUUGAAAUAAGCAGCAUGUGAGUAGUAAUUGUAGUGCUGGUUUCUCUCAAGUGCACUGAGAUCGCUAGCUUCUUUCUCACAGGGCACUGAAUGAUCAUUAAAUGCUAAUGACUUUUGAUUACUGUUGACCUCGGUCAAUUUAGAGUUAGUGACCUAGAGAUGAAAACCACUGUAUCUCAUUACCAAUUUCCUGAGCUAUCUGAUCUUUCCUUUGUAGGUCAGUUUUGAUAAGAGGCAGAAUAGAAUUAAAGUUGACCCCUGUCUUAGAAAAGGAGUGGAAGGCUUUCAGGUUUGCAGUAUCGUGCUUAGAAGCAGCAACAACAACAAAAGAAAGCAGCUACUAGGAAAGAACUUACCUUUUUGACCCCAUGGAUUGUCAAGAGCAAAACUUAUCACUUCUAGUAGAAAAACAGCCUAUCACCUGUAACCUUGAAUUUCUCAUUUUGUAGCUGCAGGUUUUCUCAUCUCAAGCAUCCAUUUAUAACUGUUGUUCUUACUUUGAGCUAUGAAGCAGCAAAUGAGUGUUUAUAGGAUAAAUUGCCAACUCUGCUCUAGGAUGUUUUCUACCUGCAGUUGCCAAACUAUGUGUGCAGGAUGGUAAAAUCAUGCGUUUCAUGUUGUGAUGAAGCAUUUCACUUAAUUUCUUUCCAUAUGCACAGAAGCGAAUGUGUGAUAAUUCACUGUUAUUGUUCACUGUAAACUCUUUAAAUAUAGGAUGUUUUUUUAUACAGUUGUGUUUUCUAUAGACUGCCAUUCAUACAGCAAACAUGGCAUGGAAUUCAUAAUGAAAAUGCAUGAUAAAUGUAAAUAUUUUUCCUCACUUUAAUAUGCAAGCUCUAUUUAUUUUUAUCAAGCUGAAAACAGAACUUUUAAUUUGAAAAGCAAAACUCCACAGUGUACAAAAAUCUUGCAGAGUUAUGUUAGUAUGUUUGGGAAAGAAACAUUCAGUUAUUGAACCUCUUACUGUGGGUAAAUGGCAGAGGUAAAGCAGCUAAGGAAGAAUGUAACAGGAGGAGAUGCUGCACUCGGUUUGGGCCAAGCCUAAAUUGGUGAGCAUGCAGGGAAGGAGGAUGUUUAUGAUGAAAUAAAUAUAGGGAUAAAUGUUAUUCUUAAAUACUGUGUUUUGAUUUGAUUGCUUUGUCUCAAAAAAGGAUAUUGCUGUAAAAAUCAAAAGGGGGCAAUGAAAAUGUCUGCAGAUACAAAAAAAGGCAUAUUAAAAAGAUGAAGGUUGUCUUGGUAGGGAAGCCAGUAAGAAGUGUUGUGCAGAGAUGCAAAUAACAAGAAUGUGAAAAUAAAAAGCAAUUUUAUUCUCUAUUCUUCUAUUUUAUAAAAACUUCUAUCUAACUGCUGACUGGGCUGCUCAGAACUCCCUGUAUUUAUUUCCUUGAAAGCACUAAGAGCGUUCAUGGGGGAAAAAAAAUAAAAAUAUCUUUGUGGAUAAAAAUAUUCUGAGGCUUUUAACCUUCAUACUUUAGAGCUUAAGAUUAUCGCUAAGCAGAGUUGGGAAGAAUAUUUGUAAACAAGCAUUUUGCUAGCAUACCAGCUAUAGCAAAAUACAUUUUAGCUUCUUUGUUGGUUCAAGAUGCAGUUCUAUUGAUGCUGUUCUGAGAAAGAAAUACUCUAUUUUUAAUUUUUAUUUUAAUGUGUAUUCAGACUUCUUUGAUAGCUAUCACAGCGUUACCCAUCUUUGUCCCUGCUUUUAGUCUUUUUUUUUUUUUUUUUUUUUUAAGGGAGUCCUCACUGAGUGAGACCUAGGGACCAACUUUUUUUUGCAACAAACAGGAAUAGUUUGUUUCAGUGCUGCCUAUCAGAAACCUGUGUGAGGAUGGGUGGUGGGAGAUUUAGUCAAUCCUACCAUGCUUUUUUACUGGAGGAAAUCAAGAAUAGAGCUGUCAGUCCCCUUUCCAAGUGAGGACAGAAGGGUUGGGAUGGAGUGGUUUCUUCCAAGUGAUGAAAUAAUUCAUAAAUAGUUAAACAGCGUAAAGCUCCUUGGCUGUCUGGGUUGUGUUUCUUGGUUUUGUUGUUUGCUUUUUUGCUUUUUGAACUUGUACACAUCAUUUUUUAAUUAGUGUUUGAGCGAGCUUAAAUUCAACGAGAAGUAACGGCGGACAGGUAGAUCUGUUAAAUAUUAAGUGCAUAUUUAUUUUGGUUAAUAGAGAUGUACCAUCUGAAACUGAUUUCUUUGGGGGAUCCAGAAUUUAAACAAAGAAUUUUAAUAAUGCAUAGGCGUAAUAACAGCCAAGGAAAAGACUUGGCAACUUUACAAAAACAAGAAAUAUAUGCAUGUUCUCAUUGCCUACUUGGAAUUUGUUCCUCAGUUCAGAAUCUGACUGUAGCAGCCCACUGGGAACUGUGAUGAAGUCUUGAUUUUUAAGGAAAUUGUCCACUUCAUGUUUCUACAUGAAGAGCAGAGCUCUAAAUGUGAGAUAGAGAAAAAGCACAACCUAUUAGAAGACAAAAAAUGAAAAUUUGGGGCAUACUUGCUAUUGCAGAAGGAAGGACUGAUGCAGUGUGAGUAAGAGUGUUCCCAUCAACCUUGGAAAUUCAGUGAUUUCUCAGUUGUAAGUUACCUUUAGAAAGGCAUAACUAUACAUGUUGCACCAAGCACUGCGUGCAAUAUGAUUCCUGUGACAACCUUCCCAAUGGUUUUGCAGCAUAUUAUGGUCUUAAAGGAUAAUUACAACUGGGAAUGCAGAUACAUUAUGUGCAUUUGGAUUUAAACUGUAAAAUUAAUAAUUCUUUUUGGUUUUGACAGUUUGUGUUUUAAACACUUUUUAGCUGGGAGGUGAUUUCCAAGGGCUUAUAACUUGCUCUGUAUCAUUUGAAAGGAGGAUGAAAGUGGAUGCAUAGUGGCUCAGCCUCAUAAUGUAGUCCUUUGCUAAGUUCUUCACAUCUGGCAUUUAGAAUUUUCAUUAGGCCUGUGCUAAGAUUUAAGCAUGGAGUUUCCUACACCCUUUAAGUUAAUACUUUUGGUGUGGUUACUUUGCUUACCAGUUAAUAUUGAUGACUCUGAAGAAUUAUAUUUCUCUCUUUUUUAGAUGUUUAUAAAGUUCCAUUCUGUUAAUAUAUAAUUAAUAAAGAAAAAUGAAAAUUACUGGAGAAAAUGAGGAAUGCAUCACAACAAGUCUUCAGAGAUCUUUGGGAGAGAGACAGUCCUUGCUCCUCUCAUCAGAGAGAGGCUGCUUUGAAUUUGAAGUUUUGACUCAUCUUUCAACAGGGCACACAUCUGAGCAUGCUUUUACUGACUGCAGUGAGCUGUAAGUCAUUAACAGUAUGUGUAUAUUAAAAGAGGAAAACUAUUUUACAGGAAAAUAGAUGGUAGUUGCUGCCAAAACUGAAAGAAUAGUGAGUGCAAGAAGCACUGAUUCUUUCUGUGCUUUUCUUUUUCCACUUCACUUGAGACUAAUAACUGAUACAUGGUGGUUUGUUUUGGAGCUAAUGAAGUUCAGUGAAAGGUGAUAUGAAGCCUGUGGAAAGGGUCGUAACUUUUUCAUAGGAACUUCUGGGGUCUGUUGUGGAAGCAUUAAUACUUUCCCAGUUGCAGGAGACUAGAUUUUGAUGGAUGGUUUAGGAACUGCCAAAGAUGGCUGUUAGGCUUUGUGUCAGCAGGUGUGAAGUUUUAUCUUUGGUUACUAGGGGUCUGGCUGGCUUUUGGAUUUGGCAGAACAAACUUCAGCCAUAGCUUUUCCUGUCCUCCUUCCACAAGAGAGCACAGCAUGUUUGACAUUGUGUUUUGUGGAAGUCAAAGGUAUGGUUGAUAGCUGCCAGUUUACAUUUGCUAUUAGUCUUUCCUAGACUGAGUUAAACAGUGGCUCUGUCAUUCCGUUUCUCUUCUGUAGCAUCUUGGUAACCUUAUCUGCUAUGGGUGUAAUCUUUGGGCUACAGAAUUGGCUAAAUUGUUUGUUGGGACCUUGCUUUUAUUCCGUGGGAUUGGGUAAAAUGGGUUUAUGGAAUGAAAAUCAAAUCUCCCAUAUGAAUCCCCUAACCUCCUCUAUCUUUCUCUUGCCAGUUGCAGUGAUGAAAACCAGAUUUUCUGACAUGUGGCUCCUCUGUAUCUGUACGCUUCUUCCCCUGUGGAAUGGCAAACAGAGACGGUCAAGAACAGGUCCAAGAAGAGCUCUAAAAAGGGAAAUAGCAACAGCAGCAGCAGCAAAUUGCCUCCAGUUUGCUAUGAAAUCAUUACCCUGAAGACCAAAAAGAAGAAGAAGAUGGCUGCUGAUAUUUUUCCCCGAAAGAAACCAGCCAACACUAAUACAACUGCUGUCCAGCAGUACCACCAGCAAAAUCUCAAUAACAACAACACUAUUCCAGCACCAAACUGGCAAGGACUUUAUCCGACCAUCAGAGAGAGAAAUGCAGUGAUGUUCAACAAUGACUUGAUGGCAGAUGUUCAUUUUGUGGUCGGGCCACCAGGUGGGACCCAGCGGCUGCCGGGACAUAAAUAUGUCCUGGCCGUUGGGAGCUCAGUAUUCCAUGCAAUGUUCUAUGGAGAACUUGCUGAGGACAAAGAUGAAAUCCGUAUACCAGAUGUGGAGCCUGCUGCUUUUCUCGCAAUGCUGAAAUACAUAUAUUGUGAUGAAAUUGAUUUGGCUGCAGAUACUGUCCUGGCCACUCUUUAUGCUGCCAAGAAGUACAUCGUCCCUCAUCUUGCCCGCGCCUGCGUCAACUUCCUAGAAACAAGUCUAAGUGCAAAGAACGCCUGCGUGCUGCUUUCCCAAAGCUGCUUAUUCGAGGAACCUGACCUGACCCAGCGCUGUUGGGAAGUGAUUGAUGCCCAAGCUGAGCUCGCUUUGAAGUCCGAGGGCUUCUGUGACAUUGAUUUUCAGACGCUUGAAAGCAUUCUCCGAAGGGAGACUCUGAAUGCCAAAGAAAUUGUUGUUUUCGAAGCAGCUCUGAAUUGGGCCGAAGUGGAGUGUCAGCGACAGGAGCUAACGGCCACCAUCGAGAACAAGCGCAAAGUCCUCGGAAAGGCGCUGUACUUGAUACGUAUCCCUACCAUGGCACUCGACGACUUUGCAAAUGGCGCUGCUCAGUCUGGGAUUCUGACUCUCAACGAAACCAAUGAUAUCUUCCUUUGGUAUACAGCUGCCAAAAAGCCAGAGUUACAGUUUGUAAGCAAGCCCCGGAAAGGCCUUGUUCCUCAGCGGUGCCAUCGUUUCCAAUCCUGUGCUUACCGCAGCAACCAGUGGCGUUACAGGGGCCGGUGUGACAGCAUUCAGUUUGCUGUUGAUAAGAGAGUGUUUAUAGCUGGCUUUGGGCUAUACGGCUCCAGCUGCGGAUCAGCAGAAUACAGUGCCAAGAUUGAACUCAAACGACAAGGAGUUAUCCUAGGCCAGAACUUGAGCAAAUAUUUCUCAGAUGGUUCUAGUAACACUUUCCCUGUGUGGUUUGAAUAUCCAGUACAGAUUGAGCCUGACACCUUUUACACAGCUAGUGUGAUUUUGGAUGGUAAUGAACUCAGCUAUUUUGGACAGGAAGGAAUGACGGAAGUUCAGUGUGGGAAAGUGACUGUUCAGUUUCAGUGCUCUUCGGACAGUACAAAUGGCACUGGGGUACAGGGAGGGCAAAUUCCUGAACUCAUAUUUUAUGCUUGAAUGUGUGUGGAGUCAAAGCAUUUUUUCCUAUGAAAAACCUGUCUAGUUCAGACCUACUGACGCUUAGCUCUUUAUCUGCAGAUAUGUGAUCAGUACAAGUUAUUUGUCACAAACGCUACGGGCAAGUUACUGGCUUGCUGUACUUGUAGCUUCAUUGGUGAUGAAGUUUAAGUGUAAUAUUUAAUUUUAAACUGGAAGCUCUUAUGAAUAAGCAAGUUUUGAAUGCUUAGUAAGAGAGAUACCUGUUUGCUGGCGAUGCUGAGCCUUGCUUUGAUGCACCUGAAUCCCCAGAGGAUGUUCUCAUAUCUCGUGGGCUCUAGAACUCCUUCCACUAAAUGCUGUCACCUUUGAUCAGUUUUCUCUUUCUCUGUUUCCCGCUCUUUGCUUGUAACUAUUUGGGGAGAUGGGUAGAAAACAAGGAGCCUUGUUUUAUAGCUCUCUUCUGCGUACUCUUCAAACUGAAGAGAUUCCAAUCAGCUGAGCUGAUUUGAUCAUGGAGGCUAACAGAAGUGCUUCAGUUCUAAACAGAAAAAGUGUAUAUUUAUACCAUCAUCCUGAGAGAUUCUGCUGUAGCCAGCUGUUUGGGGAAGCUACACAGUGUGCUGACCAGAAUGCAUGGACACAGUGAGUAAGGGUUUGGGCUUGACAUGUGACCCUAAGAGUUCAUACUCCAGGAAUCCCAUCUUGAAGGCAAGGAAGUACUUGCACAUGUUCAAAUUACAUACACAAGUUGAAACCUCUACUCUUUUCACCUAAUUUUGCUACACUGAAGUUGAUUUGCUAUUUAAAUUGCUUUUCUUCAAAUCCUCAUUAAAUAGACAGGAGUUAAUAUCUAGCAUUUAAUGUAGGGCAGUUUUUAUAUUUUUCUUAUUUUCUUCCUAAACAUUUAGAAGCAUGUGGUAGAGAAACAAAAGAACGUACCGGUCCCAACUUAGACUUUUUUUUUAUACUAUGAGAAUUUUGAAAGAGGCAAGAUUCCCAAAUGUGGUCAUGUUUCAGUUAGUGUAUAUCAUUAGAUAAAAGUAAGGAGGAUCUCUUACAGCUGCUUAUGUGGAACUUUCACUUUAUCUGAGUCCUCUCUAAAGCUUCCUGUCAUAUGUCUGUCAUCUCUGGAAAAGUAUUAGGGUUCACAACUCUUUCUGAGAAGGAAAUAAGUAUAAAUAACAGAUGUAGGUACUAUUUAAAUACAAGGAAAUCAUUCACCCUUGCACUGUGACACUUGUAUCUCAGAGGGACUUAUUGUAGUACAACUCAUUUAAUCUCCAAAGUGGGUUCUUGUGUGUGUGUUUGUGUAUGCACGUGUGUUUUAACAAAAUUAGAGGACCAAAUAAUUAUUAAGGCAGUCUGAAGAUUAAUACAUCAACACAUGAAUGUAGCACAACCCUAAAUUGACUUAUCAGUUUUGCAAUGAAAAUCUAUUUCCAUAAGAUUUCUUAUCAGUUUGACACUAUUACUCUUAUGUGUUUCUUGACAGAUGGAACCCUGGCCUCUGGCCAUUGUUAAGUGCCAACACUUUGCAGUGUCCAGAAUAUCAUCUGAGAUGAGAAAAACUGGAGUGUAGAUAACAAACACUUUAUGGCCAAAGCUCAGUUCUUUCCUCUGGGUAAUAAAGGAGAGCCAAGUGGAAAAACUACCCUACAAGAUCUAUGCCUUUCACCCAUCUUACUGUUUAGUGUUUUAUAUACAUGCGUGUGUGUGUGUAAGCAACGUUCCUUCUAAAAUGUAAAUACCCUCAAAAUAUGGUGAUUUUUUUUUCUUUUAACAGAUGUACAUAAUCCAGACUGUUACUGAAAUUUAAACAGAGUGGUCCAUGGAAAACUCACAGAAAGAGAUUUUAAAACAGCCGCCAGUUAAAUAUAUUUAGAUGUGCAGCCUAAAAUAAACAAAAUGUGGGGACUGGAGAAAGAGUUGCUCAGGAGACUGCGAAAAGGAGUCUAAGAUUAUCGUGAGGUAAUGGUCAUCUACCUGGAGAGAAUGUUUUGAGGAGCAAUUCCAUUUAUUUAAAUAGACUUGGAAGCAGAGCAAGAUGCUAAUCAGCCUGCUAAAUUUUCUUACAGCAAGUGGUUGACGCAGAUGUAAUAAUUCGGAGUGAAUAUCAGAUUGACAAGCUGCUUGCAGUAGCAAGCUGCAUUCUGAGUUAAGGAGAAAAAAAGCAUGAGGUGCCUCAGCUGUUGGGACAAAUCAGUACUGCACUGCUAUAACUAAGCUCUGGUUCUCACUUUUAAUUUUGUUGGGUUUUUUGCUUGUCUGCAAAUAAAGGUAAGCUAUCUGUUACGUUGGCAGGAAUAGAUGGUAGGAGAUUGGAAUACUGUAUAGCUGUAUAAAAUUAGCUAUUAUUUAAUUAUUUUUAUUUGCUGGUUUUAUUAAAUCAUUUUGACGAAGCAGGAUGAAAGCUACCUCUAGCUCAAUUCCUCUGAGUCCCUUCCAGGUUUUAGGAGCUGCUGCAUGUAAAGUUGUUUUUUAAUAUGGAUCAAUAAACAUAAGCACUCCGAAACAGCUUUUGAGCUUGAUUGUGAGUCCUGCUUGAUGCUGACAGGUGCUGUUGUAUUGAGAAGGUGGCUAGUUGUAGUCCCCUUAGGACAUCCAGGCACUUAAGUAGCUGUCCACAUGUAGAUUUGGUCAGUUUAGCAGUAGUAUCUAAGCUUGAACACAUGGAUGUUUUGCAAGCAUCGGCUGUAUCAACCUGGAAUGUAAGCAUAAUGUCAGUAGAGAUAACUUUUGGUAGAUUGUCUUAAACUGUACCUGGCCAUCUCUGCUACUUGUAUGUUUGAUUUUCCUGGUUAGGGGAAUCUGUGAUAGGGAGUAUAAUGUAAUAUACUUUCUGCAUAUCUGAAGUAGUAUUUAAGUAAACACUUUAAUUUCUACAUGCUUAUUGCACUGAACUGUUUCAUUUGUUGUUUGUUUUGGUUUGGUUUUUUUUAAUGUAAUUAAAUGCAGCUAACUUCAGGUAACAGCACUCGUUUGUGCUGGAGCAGUGUUUGAUUUUGGCAGGCUUACAGCAUUAUUUAUAAAGGACAGAUAUAUAAAUAUGAAGUACCUCAUGUUGAAUGUUAUUGUACUGUAUCUUCAAUGUCACAGUGCAGAUCUUGUUGGACUCAUGAAUGUGUAUAAUCGCAUUAAACCUACAAAUAAAAAUGGUUCUUAAAUGGUU